AAUGAUUGAUGUACGUUGAACAGUAAUCUGUCCAUUUUCUGGCAGCAUGCCAAAUUCGUAUUCUGGUAAGAUUUCGUAGAUGUUGCGCUCGUGGCCGUGUGUGGGUCAUGAAAAAAAACGCCAUCGGAGUGCUGCGUGCGCAACGUUAUCGUUUCUGUGCGAAGUUUAUGAAGCUGCACUGCAAGAGGAGAAAAAAAAAAACAUUCUUCACACUACGGACUGGCUGUGCCAGGGCUGUUGCCCUCUUAGGUACGGGCAGCGCUCUCAGGGGGGCGUGUGAACAGGAUAGGCCAGGAGACGUGCGGGCCGCAACAUGAAUUUCAAAUUCACCUAUAGCGAAAUAGAGGAUCUUGGGGGCAACCUGCCAAUGAAGAAGAGGAAGUCGCGCUUCACCUUCAACGAAGUCCACCUGCUGCUGACUGAAGUAAAAAGGAACAGGCACAUACUCGUGAGCAAGUUCAACCAAGGGGCCUCGUCAGACCUGAGGAAACGGACAUGGGCGGACAUCGCAAUUCGCAUCAACAAAAUCAGCGAGUGCCAACGGGAGGUCAUGGAGAUUGUCAAGAAGUGGGCGGACCUGAAAUGCGACGCCAACCGCAGGAUGGCGGCCAUGCGGGGCCCCAACGGCAUUCGGAUCUCCCAGAACUUGUCGCCAGUGGAGAAGAUGGUGCACGAGAUCCUAACCAUGUCCCCUCCAGACAAGGCCACUCUGGCCAAUAUGACUUAUGAGCCUGAGGAGGAAGACUUUGGCAACAUGUCGGCUGGCACCUCUAACGGUAUGUCCGGCCUUUAUCACGUAGGCGUGCCCGGCACCAGCCCCCACGCCAUUGGCCCGUCCGUGCCCCUGUCACCGUUCUCCGCUCCGGACAAAGACGCCGCCAUGUUAUCCCAGAUGCAGUUUGGCCGGGAUCCUUCGCAGUUAUCUCAUGAGUUUUCAUUCGAGGCACCGAUCGAUGACGACAGUCUAGGGUUUGACGACCUAGAGGAAGAACCACGUCAUAUGGGCUCCUUCCGUCCUCCCGCUGAGCCACGUCGCACCUACUCCAGACUCGCCGCCUCCUCCACCCCUAUGUCUUCCUCCGUGGCUCCCGCGUCCCCUCCUGUGUCCUCCUCUUUCCCCGCUCCCUCCUCUUCCUUCCCCGCUCCCUCCUCCUAUCCUCCCGCCCCCCCUGCCACAGGGACGAGGGCCGUGCGGGAGCAGCUAGCCCACAGUGCCUCCCUUAGCCUCCAGGAGCAGCAGGCCACCACGGCUCUGCUGGAGGCCGUGUCGGGAUCUCUGGGGACCCUGGCCCAGUCGGUGCAGCAGCUGGUGGAGUCGCAGCAGGUGUUUGUGCGCGACUCCCUGCAGAUGCAGCGAGAGACUGUUAGUGUCUUGCGAGACUUCUCCACAAAUGCCCUGGCUCUCCUGCGGGACAAGGUCAACAGCCACCCGACAACUUAACAUACACGCAAAACAUUUAUACAUCCACAGACCCUACCUGUGAAGUGAUUGCCUGUGGACUGAGAUCAUGUCAUUAAUACUGUUUGCUGAUUCAUCUUGACAGUGAGCAUGCUGCUACUAGUGUAGAGUACUAAAUAGCAGGAAGCCAAAAUAUAAUCAUGAAUACCUUUUUUUUUUUUUUUAUAAAAAUGUGCUUUAACCAGUGACAGGAAAGUUGUGGGUUGAUGAUAAACAACAAUUUAUUCACCUGUCAUGGUUCCAGUACUAUAGUAAAUUGUUACUUUUUAUUUAUUUUUUACAGAAUCAGAUGAGCGUGGACAUUGCAAGGACGUUUAUCAGUUAUUAGCGUGCAUUAUUUUAAAACCUUUUGUUUUGCUCACGUUUUGUUUUACAUUGAAUCGUUUUGUAGGCUUCCUGUAACACCUUUUGUAAUGACCAUUCACGCACAUACAUUCCAUGCGUAGCCUAAAACAUUUCUAGAUUAAUUUUGGUCAGAGCAUUUGGAUAACUAACAAAAAGACCAGCACAUACAUGUGGCUAGUAUGAAUGGUCCUGUUUCCUGUGUCAGUUCUGUGUCACAGCUGUCAGCCUCUGUCAUAUGGUCAUCCAAAUGUUAGCUGGUGGUUUUUAAAUGGGCAAUAAAUCCCACUACAACUGGCAAGUGACGAUUACAUAGCAACUGGUCAUGUUUGUAGCAUUUUGCACUUCAAUUUAAUUUAUUUUCAUUUGCAUUGAGUUUAAAAUAUAUUGUCUGUUAAAACCUUUUUUUAAAACAUUUGAAUUCUAUUUGUCAAGGCUAAAGAAAUUUGUUUUUAUGAAAAUGUAUUCUUUUCACUGAACUUGAAUUAACUUUUAGAUUUUCCAGACUGAAUGAUUUUUUUAAGAAAACAUACUCUAGACUACUGUCUUUCUGUAAAAUGUAAUGAGUGAUGACAAAAUCUUGGGAAUAAAACUUUGUUUUUAA